AUUACGACAUGAUGCGCAGAGCGUCGUGCGCGCAUUUUAAUUCACGUAUUGUUGAUAUCUAGCGUGGUAAAAAUGGCGUCUACAUGGAAAAUACAUUUAACGGUUGUUUAUUUAAGCGUCUUGUGUGUCCUGGCCAAUGCACAAUCGAAACAAAUAACCACGGAAACGGUUGUGUUAAAUGUGACAGCGGUUAGUGAAACUAACCAGACAAAGUACAGUGUACAGAUAAAUUUAAAUGUAGGUCUUUUGGACAAUGAAACAUUCAUCAAUGGAGCUCCUAUCAAGCCUUCAGGAGUCACAAGGAUGACAUGUCCCGCUCUAUUGUUGGAUGGUUCUAAUGUGAGCUCUAGUAAUCCAGCAGAUGGGUUGGUUAGCAGUGAGCUGAGGCUGAUGACGAAUCAAUCAUAUGUUCAGAGUGAUGCUGGAGAGCAGCUUCUGUUACUCAUCCUGAGUCAGGAGAUAAUCCAGCUGGCGGAUGAAAAGGUCCAGCAGCCAGACGCUUGUGAGGUGGAGAUCCUGUGGAACCAGAGCUCUGAGGAGAUAAUACAGGUGACCAAUAUUUACCCUUCGUCAAGGAGCAAGCUUUCAGCCAUCCCACGAGAGACUGAUGUCUGGGUGACUAAUGCAUCCAUGCCUAAUACAGUUGAAGACCAAGUGCUUAACACCACCAGCCAUUAUCUCCUCAAACAUGCAGAGACCACUCAGGAGGAGAUUGCCGCUCCGGGGAAACUUCCUGAAACACCCUUGCGGAUGGACCCAGAAACCCUGUAUGAGUCCAGAGAGGAAGAGGAAAGGACUUCAGAUUCCUUGUUACUUGAGCCUCCAAGUGGGUCCAUGUCCUCCUAUAGUGUGGCAUGUCAGUGGGUCGAUGGGCUGAGAGAUAAACUGAGGCGCUUCUGGUCUGAUUCUGUCCCACUAUUCUUCUUGAUCAUGUGGGUGGUGGUGAUUGGUGUUGCAGGUUCAGCUGUCAUCAUUAAGAUCCUGGAUCUUCUGUUCCCCUCCUGUGAACACAGGGGACUCUUUCAUCUGAAUCCAGAGACUCUGAUGCCAGAUGAUGAAAAACAAAGGCUAAUAUAUUACAUGGAAGGAGAAAUUACAGAAAAAAGCAGUUUGAUAGAAAAGUGAUGGAUGUGAUCUCAUCAGUUUGGUUAUGUGGCUUUAUUUGGUCGACAAUACCAAUGAUUUCAAUGUAGCACUUUAAAAAAAAAUAUUCCCUGACAUUUCCUAAUGAAACAGAUUUCUAUUUUCACAUCUGUGUCCGUUUAACAGUAUAAUCAGCAAAUUACUUUUAUAUUUUUCAUUGCAUUGUGAGGUGGAAUGCCAAAGGUGCACACAUUUCAAUAAGCACAGUCCCUAAAAUGUCCCUGACUUUUUCCCACUGAAGUGGUUGUUUUAUGGUAAUACUAGGAAUUGCUAUUCCCUGUUGUAUGGAAAUGACAUUAUAAAGGGUAUAGUGCUAAAAAAUGGAUUGAUAAUCCAUUUAGGUUAAUGUAAAGAACCAUCAAAAUAACUGAUUUUCAACUGUCCAUAUUAUUUAAAUGGAUUAGUUCUUAUUUCUCUAUUUUUAAAUGGCCUGUAUGAAACUCUAUGUUGCGUAAUGUUUAAUGUUAACGUUGCUUCAGGUAUUGGCGGUUAUGUUAAGCAUGCACGCCCGCAAUACAUUUCAACUUUCAUCUGCAUCAUAUGAAAUGAAGACUUGUACACUUUCGCAUGAGCUGUCUGUCUGCGUAUCCCCCAUUGCAUUACAACAUUUCAGUCAUUUCAAGCAGUGUACUUUAAUAUUUUAAACAUUUCAACUGGGUGCCUAUAUUUCAUUGUAGCCCUGUGAUUGGCUAUUAUUGAAAUCAGUCAUUUUGUGUCAUUUUGUUGCACGUUAUGGCUUGUUUUUCUUCACAGGUUGUUACGUGAGUAAAUUCUGCACAAAUUA